UUUCAGCAAGGCUCUGUUCAGUUGUUCUUAUCUACAUCCUAGAAUCAGGGGUUUCAGCUCACUGCUCCUUUUCUUUCUUUUUUUUUUCUUUCUCUCCCCCCACCCCCCCAAAAUAAUUGAUUUACUUUACAGUCAUCCACACUGUGUUUUGUGGAUCUUUAUAAAUAUAUUACAAUAGUAGUCAUUUUAAAAAUAUAUUCUGAAACCUUUGCAAAUUUUAAGAGAAGAGUCGAAGCUCUGCGAGACCCAAUAUUUGCCAAUAAGAAUGGUUAUGAUAAUUAGCACCAUGGAGCCUCAGGUGUCAAAUGGCCCGACAUCCAAUACAAGCAAUGGACCCUCCAGCAACAAUAGAAACUGUCCUUCUCCCAUGCAGACAGGGGCAGCCACAGAUGACAGCAAAACCAACCUCAUAGUCAACUAUUUACCCCAGAAUAUGACCCAAGAGGAAUUCAGGAGUCUCUUUGGGAGCAUUGGUGAAAUAGAAUCCUGCAAACUCGUGAGAGACAAAAUUACAGGACAGAGUUUGGGGUAUGGAUUCGUUAACUAUAUUGAUCCAAAGGAUGCAGAGAAAGCCAUCAACACUUUAAAUGGACUCAGACUCCAGACCAAAACCAUAAAGGUCUCAUACGCGCGUCCAAGCUCUGCCUCAAUCAGGGAUGCUAACCUCUACGUUAGCGGCCUUCCCAAAACCAUGACCCAGAAGGAACUGGAACAGCUUUUCUCACAAUAUGGCCGUAUCAUCACCUCACGAAUCCUGGUGGAUCAAGUCACAGGAGUGUCCAGAGGGGUGGGAUUUAUCCGGUUUGAUAAGAGGAUUGAGGCAGAAGAAGCAAUCAAAGGGCUGAAUGGCCAGAAGCCCAGUGGUGCUACGGAACCGAUUACUGUGAAGUUUGCCAACAACCCCAGCCAGAAGUCCAGCCAGGCCCUGCUCUCCCAACUCUACCAGUCCCCCAACCGGCGCUACCCCGGCCCACUCCACCACCAGGCUCAGAGGUUCAGGCUGGACAAUUUGCUUAAUAUGGCCUAUGGCGUAAAGAGGUUCUCCCCAAUCACCAUUGACGGGAUGACAAGCCUUGUGGGAAUGAACAUCCCUGGUCACACAGGAACAGGCUGGUGCAUCUUUGUCUACAACCUGUCCCCUGAUUCCGACGAGAGUGUCCUCUGGCAGCUCUUCGGCCCCUUUGGUGCGGUGAACAACGUCAAAGUCAUCCGUGACUUCAACACCAACAAGUGCAAGGGAUUCGGCUUUGUCACCAUGACCAACUAUGAUGAGGCAGCCAUGGCCAUUGCCAGCCUCAACGGGUACCGCCUGGGAGACCGAGUGUUGCAAGUUUCCUUUAAAACCAACAAAGCCCACAAGUCCUGAAUUUCCCAUCCUUACUUAUUAAAAUAUAUAUAUAAAUAUAUACGAACAAAACACACGCGCGCACACACACAUACACACGCACACACACAAAAGAGAGAGAAACAAACUUUUCAAGGCUUAUAUUCAACCAUGGACUUUAUAAGCCAGUGUUGCCUAAGUAUUAAAACAUUGGAUUAUCCUGAGGUGUACCAGGAAAGGAUUUUAUAAUGCUUAGAAAAAAAGAAAAAAACACAAAAAAAUACCUUUGAUGCAUUGAAUGUUCUUUCAUAGCUGUCGUUGUUGACUAUAAUAUACAUAGAUAGCGACGUGCAGGGAUUUUUACCCAGCCAGCUAACUUUACUACCUUCCUUGAAGGUGGGUCUUUUUAAGAUGACCAUUCGCUCAUUUGAAGAAGAAAAACAAAAAACAAACAAAAAAAAUCAUAAAAAUAAAACAAUUUUUACAAAGUAAUGGGAUUCAAAGAAAGAAAAAAAAGAUUUUUCUUUUUUGUCAAAAUGUUGAUCCAAUCAGAUUGGUUAAAAAAAAAAAAACCCACACAAAUUAAAGAGGAAUAAUAAAAAUUGCAAAAAUUAAAAAAACUUUUGCAAAUUUUUUUAUUUUUCCUUUUUUCUUUUAUAUCAUGUGAACUAAAACAGUCUUCUGUUAGGGGAUGGGGGCGAGGGGGAUACCUGAUGACAUUAACAAUUUAAUAACAUUAACGUUGCCAAAGAGGUGGUCUCUUUGCUGAAAAUGGGUUUCAAGAAAAAUCUAUUUUUAUAAAAUAUAAAGAAUUUUUACAAGAGAAUCUGGAUUUGAGAAAAAAAUAUUUUGACUGGCUAAUUUAGGGGAAAUUGACAACUUUGUCGCGUUCAUACUGCACUGGUAACUUUUUAGAGAUCAAGAUGUGUGUUUUAAACUGGAUUCGUAGACUGUUUUUUGAAGGAUGGGCUAUAAACAGAUGAUCUUCAUAUCUUUUCAUAGCAUGUAAUAAUAAUUAAAAAAUUAUUAAUUACUAGGGGAAAGGAGUGUUCAUUCUACCCAGGGUACCACAGUUCCCCACAGUCAAAACCCAAAAGCAAGGAGAUGAGUUGAAAGACAGUUUUUCUUUAAGUCAUCAGUAUGGGAUGUCAGCAGAACAAAAAUUAAAAAGAUUAAUUUUUCCUUUUGAUCUAAAACUUCCUUAGUUUGAGCAGUAGGUGCUACGAAAUUAUUUACAUAUCUUAGUAUCAUAGUUAAAUGUAAUGUGUUUAGGAGACGAAAACAAAAACUACAUUUGCUUUAAAUUCAUUAAGGAAUUUUCAAAUUCACUUUGUAGCCCAUGCUGAUAGAAUUGGGCUGUGUUGGUACAUUUGAAACACUGUUUAUGUUGCUUGAAACACUUAUUUAUUUAAUCGCAGAUGUGAUGAUGCCUAUGGCCGAGAUCAAAUAUAGCUAGAUUGGCUAGACUACUUAUUUGUUUACUUAAACUAUGGGAAGAAGCAUAUUAUUGUGUCAUUCUGUUGUGUGUGUAUGUGUAUAUACAAUAUAAAUAUAUAUAUAUAAAGUUAUUUUUUCUUUGGGUUAAUUUAUUAUAAGUUGUAACACUUGGCUAGUUUUGUUUGUAUAUGUCUUAAAAUGUUUUCUUAUGAUAUUUAAGUGACAGUUAAAGAGGUAUCAAGGUAACUUGUGUAGAACUAUUGUUUGAUAUAUUGUCAUGUUUGUUGUGAAUAUUUUUUCUUACUGCACAGUAGAAAAAUAAAAACAACUGGGUCUUUAUUUUAAUGUAAUUCAGAUUGGGGAAAACAAAACAGAGCUAAGGGAACAAAAUGACUGAGGGAGCAUUCUCCCACGUCCAGUGCACUGAUCAUUUUAGUAUAUUUGUGCUUUGUACGGUUAUAUAUUUAAAACAAAAACAAAACAAAAAAAUACAAGGGUUCAUGCUCUUCCCUGGGUAAUAGAAACAGUUACUCGCUAUGCAUAAUCUAGUUGAUAGUUAAAUUUGCUAUUGCUUUUCUUGUCUUGUUAUAUACAAUCUUUUCAAUACCAGUUUAGUCUUAAUGGUAAUAAAACGUUAUGGUUAUUUAUAA